AUGUUUCAGGAGACCUUCAUCAGCACCAUCGGUGUGGAUUUCAAGAUCAGGAACGUCACCAUCAAUGACAAGGUUGUGAAGCUUCAAAUUUGGGACACUGCUGGCCAGGAGCGGUUCCGUACCAUCACGAGCAGCUACUACCGAGGGGCGCACGGCAUCAUCGUGGUGUACGACAUCACCGAUCAGGCCUCGUUCAACAACGCCAAGAUGUGGCUCAACGAGAUCGAGCGCUACGCGUGCGGCAACGUCACCAAGCUGCUGGUGGGCAACAAGGCCGACAUGAACAACAAGCGAGUGAUCGAGGCCACCACGGCCAAGGCCUUCGCCACCCAGCAGGGCAUGCUCUUCAGCGAGGCCUCGGCCAAGGCCGGCCAGGGCGUGGAAGACGCCUUCAUGCACCUCGUCAAGGAGAUCUUCGACAGACGCGUCGCCGUCAGCGAGCAGCAGCAGAAGAAGCCCGAGAUCGUGCUUGGCGCUGGCGAGGACAUCGGCAAGAAGAAGGGCGGAUGCUGCGCCUAA